UUGCCAACUGCCAUUAAACGCCAGAAGAAGAAGCUGUGGUUAGCUGUUAGCUUAGCACAACAUGAACACCUGAAACACCGAAGGAAACUGAUAAUAACGCCUUAAAUAGUGAGUUCAUUACCCAGAUAGGACAACAUAUGAGUCCGACGCGAAGAUUUUAAUUACGUUUGACUCCUUUAAUUAACUUAACAGCGUAAACUAGCGUAAAUCUAGCUAGCGUUUAGAAUACAGAUACUUCCGGGCAAACAUUCAAAAUUAGUGUCCAUAAGUGUCAAAAUGUAUUUAUAUAGCAAUACAGGCGCUAAAAGACCUUAUGAACUACUGUUAACUUGAAAAUUUGACCUUUCAAACUAUGCUGUUUUCAGUCCUUUCAUCACUGGUGGGUUUUGACAGGAAUAAGGCUGUUUGCCCAGGGCAGCACUGCCUUGGGGUCAACCCAAUCUCAGUUGUUCUCCAGACAGAUUUCUCAUAGAAAACGUCCACAUUAUGUGACAUUGCAGCAUGUUUCUCCAGUGGUAGCUCUGCCAGGCGCCUCUGUGGAGUGUAGGAGUAGUCUUCUGGCAGAUAACCUUUAGCCAGUAUACCCAGUAUGUUUUCUGAUAACCAUUUACUCAUCAUGUAAAGUGUCAACAAAGAGCACCAAUAAAAGGCAUAAAUGACAGUUACAUUUUGUUUAAUCAAAUGAUGAACAUUUAAACUAUUAGCUGGGAUAAAUUCAGUUCAAAGAAACGUUUUUAAUCUCAAAGGAAUAUUAAAUGCGGUUGGAACUGCUGUUAUCACAUAAAUGCAAAUAACACUGCAAAAAGAAAGGAAAACUCAAAUUAAAAUAAAGUAGUUGUGUGGAACCUCAUGUGGCUCCAACCUGCUUUAAAAGCCUCAUUUUGUCAUGAUAACAAGCCAUAGCUUUCUGUUUCUCUACCAGCGUUCUGUCGACCAUCACAUAUACACUGCUUUUUACCCUACCUGACAAGUAACUACCAAGUACCCAGAAUGCACUGCGGUGUGACAUCUGUGGACGUUGCUUGUCAGCAGUGUAAUAAACAUUAGGAAAAUAUCACCUGCUGGCUGGAGAUGGUUUCUUAUUCACUGCUUUAGUAAAGGACUAUUUUGUUGUUGUUUUAACAAACCUGGACUGAAUUUGAUCACGUUUUAAUCAAACUAUGCGGUAGUUAGACUGCUCAAACUUUUAUAAAACCAUUCAUCUGUAUGUAAAAAUACAAACAGAGGAAAGGACUCGUCCAGGGCAGCUUUCCAGCAAGAACUUCUGAUGUCUUCAAAAAUAAACCUACAUAGGAAAAUAACCUGCGGUGUCCUACCAGGGUUUAAAUGUGGCCUUCGCUAAAUUUGGGGCUGCUGUUUGGAUCAGGUCUCCUGCAAGUGAUACUCCACACUUGACACCUGGCUUCUUCUCGCUCUGGGGUUUGUGAUGAUGUUGGAAACUGGACCACCCUGACUGUCAGGCAGAAACUGUUCAGAACCUCAGACCUGUUGCUACUGUUGUUUGUAAUUGGGUCUGGGUUUGGAAACAUAAUUGGAUUAAUUUCUUUACAUAUGUUUUAUAUAACUGAAUACAAAGUGGACCUGUUUGCCUUCUAAAGCGCAUGCAGAUGAAAGCCGCUGUGAAACUGAGUUAUUAUUGUCCUCAUGAUGAAGGAAUUCAACUGAUUAUUCAUGUUAUUAUUAAUUAUUACUGUCUUCUGAGUAGGGGCUCAUUCUGCAGCUCUGGUUGCUUUAAGAGCCUCUGAAUCAGGAACAGCCACAUUGCUGCAACACCGUUUUUAGUCUGAAUAACAGCAAUGUUGAUGUAGCACUGCCACCAUCAGCUCAGACUGUGAACUACAGCCGUCACAGUUACAGAGUUCUAAGAGCGGCCCGUUUCCAGCAACCCAGAGCAGUUUAAACUAUCGACAGAAAACUAUACCUGAGUUUUCCUCUGAUGAAACUUCACUGCUGGCCUGAAGGCCAGGAGUCACCACCGCCCCCAGCAUCUGGCUUCUGAUUGGUGGAGCUAAUGAAGCAGACAUCAUGCACCAGCGGCCAAAGAUCCACAUCUUCCUGGGGGCUCCUCCUCCUGCUCCCUUUGUCCUGGGAUCUGAAACUGAAGCUGCAGUGGAGGAGGAGGAGCGUCCCCCUGCAGGAUGGAGUCACCUGGAGCUCACCUGGAGAGAGGGCCGCCUCAGACCUGCAGCAGAUAUUCCUGGGAAUGAAGCCAGAACUUCUAGAAUCAACUCUGGGAAUGAGGAGCCACCAGAACCAUCCAGUCAGGGUUCAGAAAAUAAGGAGAAUUUAACAGAACCUGAAUCUGAUUGGACCAGAGAGUCAGUGAGAGGACAGUCCAACAGAGACGGAGGAUUAUUAUCUAAAACAAGAGCUUUGAGGACUGAGAAAAACUCAGAUGGUGCUGAGGAAGAUCAAUGUUCUGCUUCAGUCCAAGCGUAUCUGGACAGCUGUUUCCCUACAGCUCAACCAGAACCAGACUCUGAGCCUGCUCCUCCUCCUCCGUCCACCAGGACCCAGUACCUCAGUACCUGGACUUUGAGUCAGGCCCUGAUCCUGAGAGGCAGACACCGCAUCCAAUUAGCAUCCAGCCCAGAGAAAACCCCACCCAUACACACACAGACUCCUCCGUCUGUCUCCUCCAGCACCCCAGAGCUCUUCAGCCCAGCGGCCUUGUCUCCUGGAGCCUCCAUGGAGCUCUUCAGCCACCCCUGUCCCACUUCAAGGGCAGAGCAAGACGGCGUCAUCAUCGAGACCACUGCAGAUGGCGUCCUCUGUUCUCAGGAGCCCAAAGACCUCCAGGACUCCCCCACAAAGUCCCCCUGCAGCAAAAAACCACGAACCUCAGAGGAUUCAAAGACUGCAGGAAGCAAGAGCUCCUUCACCACCACCACCCCUCUGGACAGGUGUGACCAGGUGCGACAGAGGUACUCAGUUCUGGUGGUGGUGGUCCACCCAUGUCAUCUGAAGGAGGUCCAGGUGAAGUCAGGACCAUCAGCAGGAGCAUUUGUUCCUCUGGCAUCCAUCGUGGUGACGGACCAAUCAGGAGCUGAGAUGAAGGUGGUAAUGUGGAGGAGAGCAGCAUUCUGGGUUCUGACUGUGAAUCCUGGAGACAUCCUGCUCAUCACAGGGUUGCAGGUGAGCGAGGAUCAGUGGAGAGGAGAGAACUUCCUACAGUCCACCUUCUCCAGCAAACUGCUAAACCUGGGACAUCCCUCCGUCUCACAGCCAGUUACCCAGCAUGUUAGUGCAUGCUCACUCAGCUCUAUGUGUAGCUUUAUUCGAGAGCGACGCCCCCUGCUGCUGUCCAUCCCCAGUCGCCCCCCCCAGGACCUGAGCCGCCUCCCUUAUGCCACCCUGAGGACACUGCGGGUCAACACUCUGGUCCAUGCUCUGCUGCGUGUCACGCACUCCCAGAUCAGUUCAGAGUGGAGAGACGAGGCAGAGUCUCGCAGCCGCUCUGCAGUUCAGCUGAAGGCAGUUCUGACUGUGGAACAGCCAGGCGGCCAGCAGGGGGCGCUGCUGCUGUGGGGAGCAGCUAUGGGCUGGCUGCCUCGAUUCAACAAACACAAAGAUGCUGUUUGGGACUUCAAGGUUCUCCUGGUGAGGGAGGGGUUGACCUCUGACCCCAUGGAGCUGCACUCCACCCCCUGGAGCUCGGUCUGGGCUCUGGAUCCAAAGGACCACCGGGCACUGGACUUCCACCAGGCAUGGUGCUGUCAGAAGACAGGCAGGGUUCCUCUGGAGCUCGAUGUUGACACCCUGCUGUCCCAGAAGUACAGCGGGGAAGUGGAGCUCAGAGUCCAGGUUCUCACCUUGCAGUUUCAGGAGGCUCUGUCCUCUCAGAACCUGCCUCAGCAUGUCUUGGACGGCUCCACGCCAUUGGACGGCGUCCUGGCAGCACUGAGCGGUGAUGUCACCUACACCGGCUGCGCUUGCUGCUCCACAGAACUCGACACGGAUGAGAACGGGAUCUACGCCCCCUGUUACCCCUGCCUGCCGCACACCGCCGUGCGCCGCUUCUACAGGCCAGGCACGUUAACGGUCAGUGGGUGGGGCCGCGGUCACCUGUGUGUCCGGGUUCCUUCGGUUCUUCUGCAGAAGAUCCUCGUUGCUCCACCUGACCGACUCCAGCGGACUUCAGCUCCAGGUUCACAGGUGAGACACAUCCAGGUGGCAGCAGAGAAGAUCCAGACGCUCCUGUCUCUUCCCAGGAAAACCAUCAUCAUCACUGUCCGGAGCCACUUCCUGUGCGACGAGAACAGCUUUCCCAUCAGUCAGGACUUCACUCUGCUGGACCUUCAGUACCUGAGCCCAUAAAGAUGCCAAUAGGACCAGAACCCACCCGGUUGGCAGAGCUCAGGUUGAGUCUACAGGAGCGGAGACUCAUCUGGAAACGUUUCGUUGAAAUGAUGCAGAAAGUUUAAAGAACAUUUUAUAUCAAACAUGAAACAGUUUCUGCGGAUUUCUGGACAUCACGUCCUGCGCCUGAAGUUUCAGGAAGUUCUUCUGUCCGCCGAGUUAUUCUCUAAAAGCACCAGCAGCUGAUUGAUCACAUGAUCGAUCAUGUGACUGACAUGUUGUUACUUUAUGCAAAUCAUCUGUUUCAGUAAAAACGAAGAUUUUCUAAGGUGACCUCAGUGUGGAUCAGGAACUAAAACCAACAGGAGAAGAAUCAGUAAACUGGAGACCAGACAGCAUCAAGUUCAGCAGUUAGCAGCUGGGUUCUGAACAUCCUGGUUUAACACCAGGACUGAAUGUCCAGAAAUCGGGUGUGAUGGAUAUAAACUGGGUCUGUUUGUGUCAGAUUACCUGUUCAGGUGUUUAGGGAGAGCAUAAUGAGAAACAGAAGGUCCGGUAACUUUAGUAAACAUCUCCUCAUUCUGAACCUUUUUACCGAUCAUUGAAGAUGCUGCAGUGAAACAUUUAUAAGUUUGAUCAGAAUGAAUUUAUUAAAUUAUUCCUUUAUUACAAA